AUGAGGUCAAGAGGCGUGGCCCUUCGUGAAUUUCGCGAAAUGUUUGCGCCUUAUUGUUUUCUCAAAAAGGAUACCAUACCGAUGCAAAAGCUUGAAACGGGAGAUUAUGGUUAUUCCAACAUUUCAAAAUAUUCUAUCACGAAUCGCAAUAUAGUAAUAAAACAAAUAUAUUAUGCAGAUAGUGAUCAAGAAAAAUUAAACAAAUUAUUUUCUCAAUAUAUUUUGCUCAUGAGAGCUACAAAUAGGUAUUUAAAUCCCCCUAUCGGAUUUAUAUUUAACAAUCCUAUUAUUAUUGCUUCGAACUAUAUACCAAAUGGAAAUUUAUAUGAAGCCAUUAAGAGCGGUAGGCUCAAUCCAACAGACAAAACCAAAAUUGCAAUGGGAAUUGCAUACGCUUUGCGUAGAUUACACAAAAUGCACAUCGUUCACGGUGACCUCAAAUCUCGGAACAUUAUGCUUGGAGAUGAUAUGCGCCCUCUUGUUUCUGACUUUGGAUAUGGAGCUAUAGCUUUAGCUUUACAGGUACCUAUUCAAUAUCGCAUAAAUGAUCCUUACUGGUGUGCUCCAGAAGUCCUUACUGGAGCUGUCCCAACAUCUGCAUCAGAUGUGUAUUCAUUCGGUACCUUAAUUUCCGAACUUUACAAUGAACAGGUUCCAGCUCAAGGAGCAGCAGUACUUGCACGUACUCAUCAAGAGUUUAUUCCGUCUUCUGCACCAAAAAUUCUUCGUGCGCUUGUCCAAUGUUGCACAAUGGAAAAUCCAGCACGGAGACCCGAUUUUCGUCGAAUUUACCGACUUUUCAAAAAUGGUAAUUGCUAUUUCCCAGGAACCGAUCUCACAUCCGUCAAAAAGGAAGUUAUAGCCAUCAAAGCUGAUAUUCAUAAAUCUCAUAACAGAUUUACACCUCUAAUUCCUUCUCCUUUGCCAAGCAGAGAGCAGAUUCAAGACUUGAUAAACAAAAACUCACAAAAAAAUCAACAAAGAAGAGCUCAACGACUUGUAACAAGCAAAUCUGCGUCAAUUGGCGUGAAAGAAGCACGUGCUCUUCCAAUUCAAGGUACAUUAAUCAACAAUGCAACAGAAGGGAAGUUUGCUGCACUAAAUGGAAAAAUGUCUCUUAGUUUGAAUGCAAAAUUAAAUAUGCAAAUUAAAGAUUCAACAAUUUCAAAAUUAAGUUCUCCAAAAGCCGAAGACAACAAUCCUAUGUCUCUUGCAAAUAAAACUGUUAACAUCUCUCUUCCUAAUCAUGGAAACAAAUUGCUAUCUGAUGGAUCAAAAUAUUUACGAUUACCACAUAAAUCACGUUAUCCAAGAGUUCCAAACUCAAUGAAUGAAAUUUGUGUUGUUGACAGGAUCUUCAAAACAAUUUCUGGAAUUAAAAUUGAGCGUUAUAAAGGCUAUGAUGCAAAGGCAAAGAUAACUCGAUCCUUGUUAACAAUAACAGCCCUAUUAAAACAAGGUAAUAUAUCAAUACCAUGCUUCCAGAAAGAAGAUUCACCUUCAGGAUUCAGUCUCUCCAAACAGGUAAUGCCAUUUUUGAGGCAAAGGCGAAGAUUAACUAAAUGA